AUGACGCUUCGCUGGCAGCAAGGCCAGUUCAUUGGAGGUGGUACUUUCGGCUCCGUUUACGUUGCUAUCAAUCUUGAUAGCAAUUAUUUGAUGGCAGUCAAGGAGAUUCGCCUGCAAGAUCCCCAGUUGAUCCCCAAGAUCGCCCAACAAAUCCGAGAUGAAAUGGGCGUCCUCGAAGUGUUAGAUCAUCCUAACAUCGUGUCGUAUCACGGUAUUGAAGUCCAUCGCGAUAAGGUCUAUAUUUUCAUGGAGUACUGCUCCGGUGGAUCGCUCGCGAGUCUGCUCGAACAUGGUCGCAUCGAAGACGAAACUGUGAUCAUGGUCUACGCACUCCAGCUUCUGGAAGGUCUCACCUAUCUUCACCAGGCCAGCAUCGUGCACCGAGACAUCAAACCCGAGAACAUCCUGCUUGAUCAUAACGGCAUCAUCAAGUACGUGGAUUUUGGUGCGGCGAAGAUCAUCGCUCGAUCAGGGCGCACUGUCGCCCCAGGAGAUGCCCCACCCGGCUCUGUUGGAAAAGAACCCGUCGGCAACCAACGAGGCAAAAACCAGAAGACCACCACGGGUACCCCGAUGUACAUGUCGCCCGAAGUUAUCCGUGGUGAUACUUCCGACCUUGUCGACCGUCAAGGCGCCGUCGAUAUUUGGUCCCUUGGCUGUGUGAUUCUGGAAAUGGCCACUGGCCGUCGGCCAUGGUCUACACUCGAUAAUGAGUGGGCAAUCAUGUACAACAUUGCCCAAGGCAACCAGCCUGUGCUUCCUACACGCGACCAGCUCAGCGAUAUGGGAAUUGAUUUCCUGGCUCGUUGCUUCGAGUGUGAUCCUCUCCGACGUCCGACCGCCGCCGAGCUCCUUCAGCACGAAUGGAUUGUUUCUAUUCGUCAACAGGUGGUCGUGGAGCCUCCAACCCCUGGCAGCGAUGUUGGCAGCAGCUACAGCAGCUCGGGCUCCACUUCUCGCCAGAACUCAGCAUACCUUUGA